GGGCGACUGACCGCGACGCAGCGGUCAUGAGCCGGCUUAGCCGGCUGCAGAGGCAAGUUCUGAGCCUGUACCGCGAACUGCUGCGCGCCGGGCGCGGGAAGCCGGGCGCCGAGGCACGGGUGCGGGCCGAGUUCCGGCAGCACGCCAGCCUUCCGCGCUCCGACGUGCUGCGUAUCGAGUAUCUGUAUCGCCGGGGACGGCGCCAGCUACAGCUGCUGCGUUCCGGCCACGCCACGGCCAUGGGUACUUUCGUGCGCCCGCGGGGCCCUACUGAAGAACCCGUCGACGCGACAGCCCCGGGGAACAGGCUGGACGAUAGUGAUGCCCUAAAGAAUCCUUGUGAAGGCACGGGAGCACGGGAAACGCGAUCCGAUGGACGGUGACAGACCCAGAGAAAGGUUCCUUUUGACAGUUUGGGAGGAAGAUCGGGAACUCAUCCAAAUGGAAGCUGAGAUGUCUUAAGAGACAACGGAAUUUUCUCGAUGCAUGGUGAGAGGUCAGACACUCCCUCACCAAGGAGGUUCCGGGCAUCCGGUGGCACCGGCUGGCUGAACAAUGUAUGCUGGGAUUCACCAACCCAAAGUCAAAGAGAGCACAGACUCACGUUCUCCUCCCCUCGGGGCGUGACACCUCUCUUGACUUCUAAGAACACAUACACCUCCCCACUCCCUGCCUUUUGCUGUUUUUAAUGCCGAGAAAACGGCCUUUUUGCCGUGCAUGUUUAAUGGAACACCCUGAUGAACCAUGAGAAGCUUCGCGGUCCGGUUUGGAAAACCACUGCCCGACUUGUUGUGAAGAACCAGGAUUGUAAGGGAGGUUACAGUAACUCACCCCAGCUGAUGAGCCUGAGACUUCUGGAGAAUCCCUAGCCCCUAUUCUUGUCAGUCUUCCUCAGGAUUCUUGUAUAAAGGGAAUAAAUGUGAGGUGUGCUUUCUUCCUUGUUGUCUUAA